AUAAAUGUUUCAAAGUUUGAAAGUUCGAUUUUCGAAGUGUUAAGUCAAGUCAAGUAUUUUUCAAAAUUUUGUUGAAUAAAUGCUGCAAAUAUUUCAUGCACACCACCACCAUUACCAACUUCUAGAAAGUAAAUUGUACUAGUCUAUUUCACCACCUGAAUCGGUGUUGACAUGGCUCACUAGAGCAUCGGUUUUGGUAUCGAAAUAAGCUUUCUUUCAGACGCGAAUUAGCAAAAAUGAGUUUUGCGUGGGUUUUGAGCAAUUUGGACUUCUGUGCGUCGGUAACUAGAUGUAAACCAGAGAAAUGCACGUUUGGUUGCUAUUGAUGUCUGUUUUUCUCACACAAUCACAUUACAUCAGCAAACGUCAUAAAUAAACGUUAUAACAUCGAAUUUAAAAAUUUGGAAAUGAAACACAUAAAACUGCCGGCUCCAAUUAGGGAGAUUCCAGACCACAAUUGUGCUCUCCCUAUCCACGGCGAAACCUUGGCUUAUCGCAUCCACAGCGGCUUAUUCGUGGGAUUGCGUCGCCGGAUUUGGAAGUGGAAAACAGUCAACAACUCAAUUCCAGAAAGCAAAACAAUUCUCAAGUCCACUGCCCAAAUAUACGUCGAAGAACAACACCAUUUUCAUCGCCAUCCUUGGAUGAUACAUCCCUUCAGUCAAGUUCGUUUCGUGUGGGAAAUGUUUAUGAUUCCAGUUUUUCUCUUAUUGUUUAUUACAAUUCCAUGGGUGAUAUCCACUUCAAAAGUUGAAGGGAAAUUGUUGAUGCUUUUCUACGUAAAGUUUCUUCUCGAUAUCAUAUCCUUCGUGGACAUAAUCCUCAUUUUUUUCACCGGGUAUUACGACGUAAAGCAUCAGAGAAUUGUGUUGGGGUCUAAAGAAAUUGCAAAGCAUUACAUUUGUCGAUAUUUUAUCUUCGAUAUUGUUUCUUCCAUACCGUACCAUAUGAUUCUGCAUUGGCAGCACUAUGACGAAGAUAACAUCUUAGAGAUGCUUAAUUUGCUAAAAAUAGUACGCUUGCCGACACUUGUCAAGUAUUUGUACAAAUUAGGAGAGAGAAUGAAACUUUCGUCUGGCAUAAAGUUUAUUUGCUUCUUCUUAUGGGUCUCAAUUUUAUUAAUUUGGAUAACAUGUCUUGUAUUCUUGGUCAUGAAAAUCGUACAUUCUCGCCCUUUACUCAAGAGAAGAAUUGAGGGGUUUCCGAUGCUUAUGACGUUUUUUCGCAUAGUGAGAUGCACAAUGUUGGUUGGUUUAACUGAGAAAAUCAACACCAGUACUGUGGUGAUGAUUUUCCAAAUCACUGGUCUGGCUAUGGGGGCUAUUUUGCAGAUUGUAAUAUUAGCCAAAUUAAUGCGAAUGUUCCAAAAGCGUUCCAGUUCGAAAAGUAAAUACAAUAAUCUCAUCGAAGAAAUCGGGGAAUACAUGAAAUACAAGGAAUUGCCAACGCAACUGAAAGACAGAAUUCUAAAAUACGUCGACUUCAAGUUCCAGAAGCACAUCUUCCGAGAAGAAGACGUUUUGAGUAACUUAUCCUCCGUUUUGAAGCAAGACAUUUUAAUACAUCGAUGCCAGAAAAUGGUCGAAAAYGUGGAAUUCUUCAAGGAUUUGCCCACUCAUGUCUUYCURAGAAUCGUGACAAAAUUGCGCUCGGAGAUUUUUUUGCCCAACGAUGUCAUCGUUUUGGCCGGAUAUGCCGGACAUGCGAUGUAUUUUAUCUACAUGGGAACGGUUGCUGUUUACACAGGAAACGGAAAAGAGAUUUGUCACUUGGAAGAUGGUAGCCAUUUCGGUGAAAUCGCUUUGGUAAUUAAUGAACCUCGAGUUGCCACUGUGAUCGCCGUCAAAGAAUGCGAAUUGUUCAAGUUGAGUCGAAGAGAUUUUCAAGAGGCAAUUGAACCGUUUCCUGAACUCAACAAAAAAAUUCGACAGUUGGCAAUGAGCAGACUUGAAAGCACUUUGCAAAUUUUGUCGGAGAAUAAUGAGGAAAUUCGAAUAUGGCAUGCUUCGAUGGCGGAGACCGAGGAGGAUGAAAUGAUUGAUACUGUUUCGAUUUAGUUUGGAAAAUAAUGUUAAUUAGUUUUAUACAAUAUAAUAUGACAAAUCCAUGCAGUGUGUUAAAGUAGUAUGAAUAAGUGCUAAAAAGAUUAGAGCGAUUUUUAUAUUUCACUUUGUUUUUACUUAUUUCUCAUAGUUUUUGACAUGUUAUUGUUUUUUUUUUGUUAAAAUUGUUAAAAUACAUACAUACA